ACCUCAUCUCCAAAACGUACUCGCGACGUGCCCUCCUGACCGACACCACCCCCCCGUUGGCCACCAGGGAAACCGAUCUCAUCGCCUCCCCUUCAUCACUCUCGUGUCUCGUUUGAGACCAGCCGUCUUCUCUGCCCCCAAAGUUCGUUCAGCGGGCGUCUCCCAUCGACUGCCCCCCCGGCGCACUCUCGACCUGUAGCAAACAUCUGCAGGCCCGGCACCGUACCAUUUUCCCGCCUCUAUCCUCCCCCGACUCUUCUUUGUGUCCAGCAACUGGUUUCCAGCUGCAGCAUCGGCCAGGCCUUCCCUGUCGCGCCUCUUCUUACUUUUUGACUUUCUUGCCGCGUUCCUUGUGCCUGCCACAACCGCCGUGGGGCAUUUAGGCGGGCCGUGACCGAAAACAGAACAAAGACUCUCCAACUCCGCUUCACGUCUCUUCGCAGCCUUCAUCUUCACAAGCCUGUGUGCCUGCCCGCCACCUCCAGUCCACCACCCAUCCACCGGGUCGUCACCGAGAGGAGAAAGCCGGGCUCUCGCGCGUCACCUCAAAUCGUCGCGUCUACAGAACAAGUGCUGAAGCGCUUGAGCGGGAGUCUCGAAACGGAUCACUUUUGAGUUGCAUCCUCCACCAGUCCACGCUUCACUGCUCUGUUCUGUUCUGCUCCGCUCCGCUCCGUUCUACUCAAUCCUGCCCUGGCCUCGACCCCUCGCGUCCACGCGCCACCGGUCAGGUCACUUCACGAGUUCUACAGACACUACUCCGACCCCAGCGACCUCGUCACUACACCAGCCCGUUUUCCUUGGAAAACCCUCUGAGUGUAGAUAAGACGAGAAUAGAGACACGCACGAGGCCAUUGAACCUCCUGCCAUUACCAGCAAACCACAGGUUCCACAAGAUAAUUCCUAGUCCACAACUAGCUGUGAAGCCCUGACAGAAAGGAACCAUGUCUGCCUCGCCGACGCAGCCCACUCAGUCGGCCAAGCGCCCUCUCGAAGAGGCCUCGUCCCCCUCGCGCGCUGGCGAUCAACCUGACGCGAAGCGUCCCGCCCUCGACAAGGUCAUCAAGAGCGAGCUUGAGGCGGAGGUCCCUGAAGCUUCGGACGAUGCAACACUGGCUGCUAGUGACACGACCAACGGCACCAAGCUUGAGCAAGACACAACCGCCCCCGCCGCCCCCGUUGAGGCCACCACUGCUCCCCUUGCGGUACCCGCUGCCGCUGCCGAGCCGACCGCAAACGCGUCCGUUAACGACGAGACCGCUUGGAUCCAUAUCCGCGCCAUCAUCUCCAGUCCCGAGGCUGCCACCAUCAUUGGCAAGGGCGGCGAAAACGUCUCCAACAUCCGGAAGCUCUCAGGAGCUAAGUGCACCGUCAGCGACUAUCAGAAGGGUGCUGUCGAACGUAUUUUGACCGUGAGCGGCAUUGUCGAUGCUGUCGCCAAGGCGUUUGGCCUGAUCAUUCGCACACUGAACAAUGAGCCUCUCAACGAGAAGUCGACGACUGCGUCCAAGACGUACCCCCUUCGUCUCCUCGUCCCUCAUAUCUUGAUUGGCUCCAUUAUUGGAAAGGGCGGUGCUAGAAUCAAGGAGAUCCAGGAUGCCUCUGGCGCUCGACUCAACGCCUCGGACUCCUGCCUGCCGUUCUCCACCGAACGCUCCCUUGUCGUCAUGGGGGUUGCCGAUGCCGUGCACAUCGCCACCUACUACGUCGGCAGCACUUUGGUUGAACAACUCAACGAGCGAUUCGGCGGUCCCGCUUCGUCCGCCUAUGCGACUCGCAGCGGCGGCCCGGCUGGUCCCAUUCCUGGCGGCAUGCAGGUUGUCCCCUACAACCCCUUCCCGGCUGGCGGACACUACGGUCGUCCCGAAAACUACGCCCGCAACCAAGAGCGCCGAUCUCACAUGCCUCCCGGCCCUUACCACCAGCCGUACAACCAGGGCCCCCCUCCUCCCGGCCCCGCCAUGCCCAUCCACUACGGUGGUGCUCAGCCUGCCGGCGGCUAUGGCGCCGGUCCCCAUGUUCAGCCCCAUGCCGGUCACCACGCCGGCCCGCAACCUCAUGGUGGUCCUCAAGGUCAGCCCAUGGCAGGCGGCAUGCCCGGCGCGCAGCCUGUCACGCAGCAGAUCUACAUCCCCAACGAUAUGGUUGGCGCCAUCAUCGGCAAGGGCGGCCAGAAGAUCAAUGAGAUUCGCCAGCUCAGCGGCAGUGUGAUCAAGAUUAACGAACCACAGGACAAUAGCAAUGAACGGCUCGUGACUGUCACCGGAACCGAAGAGUGUAACCGAAUGGCUUUGUACAUGCUGUACUCUCGCCUUGAAUCCGAGAAGCACCGAAUCUGAUCGAGCGAGUCGAUGCGAGAGGCACACGGUCGGAUGGCGAUCACGGGAUGGUGGGAUAUGGGAGACGAGGUGUUCAUGUCUGUUGGUUUACAAACAGUGGCUUUGGUGGCACGGGACGGGACGGGACGGGCGUCCACCGAGUUGCUACUGUGCCUCGCGUAAAGGCUCAACGCGAGACGAUUUCUGCCAGGCCCAUGGGGCUUGCACGACGGCCGACAGUGCCCACGGCACAAACACGCGAUGCUUGAAUACCGCCACGAGCAAGCACGAGUCGACUCAACUGCCGAGUGGCAGUUGGAGUGUACGGGCGCUUAGGGGCGGUCACAAGUUUUUGAGGGGUUUAUGGUUGGAGACGGCCUUUUCCAGACAUUUGUCGAUGGCUUCUACUUUUUUGUGUCGGCUGGGCCAAAAGGGAUAUACGCGCGGCCGGCAACUACUGGCAGCACUUUGUACUUUGUUCGAAUAGCACAUACGGUUCUCUCAUGGCGUUGGGCGGCGUGGUCGUCUUGUACCUAGCAAGCCGGCUGGCUUGUCCAGCGGAGGCUCGGAUGAGCCAGGAGGGGACGGACGACAUGUCCACGAUAGAUUGAGCUAUCCAAGAUGACAGAGUACCUGAAGAGGUCAUAGAAGGCAACCGCUUGAAACAAAAGAUGAGUGUGGUUGGGGCCGUCGUUUGGGC